AUGAACCUCCUCAGCACUCAAAGGAGCCAGAAGGUAGACGGUGCAGAAAGGGGAACAGGACCGAUGAGCAUCCACUUGUGGUGCCUCAGUCUCUUCAGGGUUCCAGUCUUUGGUGUGCUUGAGAGCCCAGCUGUUGUCGAGGGUAGUGCAAAAUAUUUGUUUUUAUCUGUAAUGAUUUCAGCACUGGCUCAGAAGCCGGUUGUGUCCAUCGAGCCUCGCAGCAUUGCCAUUAAACAGGAUGAUACGGUGAGCUUCCGGUGCCGAGUGACCAGCGGUGCUCAGCCUGUCCAGCUGGAGUGGAAACGACCCAACAACCAACCAUUACCAGAUAAUGUUAAAGUUGGCCCUGACGGCUCAGUUCUGACCAUCGCUUUUGCGCGCCCUGGUAACCAGGGACAGUACCGCUGCGUAGCAACCAACGCACAAGGCAAAGCCACCAUGACAGCGACACUUACCGUGAAGCAGCCUCCAAAGGUGCGUGUGACCCCUGCCAGCCAAGUAAAGGUAAAAGUGGGUGGAGUCACAUCUCUGGUGUGCCAUGCUUCUGGAAAGCCCCGCCCAUCCAUUACCUGGUUUAAACAAGAAGCAGGAAAAGAACUUCUAUUGGUUUCCACAACGACAGGCUCCAGUCUGACAGUGAAGGUGACGGUUGCAGCACCACAGGAUGGCGGGACGUUUGUGUGUCGUGCUCAAAACAAGGAUGGCACAGCCGAGGAGAAGGUGGAGCUUAAGGUAGAGGGCAGGGCCCCGGCUGCUACACCGCCCACGGCUACGGUUCUCCCAACGGACGUGAUAGCUGUUGAGGGACAAACAGUGACCAUAUACUGCCAAGCGACCGGUUCCCCUACUCCUGUUAUUACCUGGUCUAAGCUGCGUGCUCCAUUGCCAUGGCAGCACAAGGCCGAGGGAGGAACUCUGACACUCAGUAGCGUCGGACGGCAGGAUUCGGGUCAGUACAUCUGUAACGCCACAAACUCAGCAGGUUUCAGUGAAGCAUACGCGCAGAUGGAGGUAGACACUCCGCCCUAUGCCACCACUGUUCCUGAUCAUGUGACUGCUCGUCGUGGUGACUCCAUGCGUAUCCAAUGCAUUGCCCAUGGCUCUCACCCAAUCAGCUUCCACUGGACACGUGCGGGCGGGGCUGCAAUGCCUUCAGGGGCAAAGAUCACCAAGGAAGGCGUGCUGACGAUCGCUCAGCUCAAAGUGAAUGACAGCGGGAAGUACAAAUGCGAGGCCACCAAUCACGUGGGCAAAAGCGAAACAUUCACCACCGUCACAGUCAGAGGGUUUUUAAUGUGCAGUGAAUCAAAUUCAUUCCUGAAUGUCACUUAUUUCACAUCACAGAACAUUACAGAGUACUCCGGAUUCUCCGUCUCGUGUCAACACCAGUAA